UAUCACAGCGAAAGAACUAAAAUGUUACUCUCUUUUGCAGCAUUUGUAAAUUAGAUAAAAUAGACAUGCCGUACGAUUUGUGUUUUGAAUGGAAAGUAUAUCACAGCGAAAGAACUUAAAAUGUUACUCUCUUUUGCAGCAUUUGUAAAUUAGAUAAAAUAGACAUGCCGUACGAUUUGUGUUUUGAAUGGAAAGUAUAUCACAGCGAAAGAACUUAAAAUGUUACUCUCUUUUGCAGCAUUUGUAAAUUAGAUAAAAUAGACAUGCCGUACGAUUUGUUUUUUGAAUGGAAAGUAUAUCACAGCGAAAGAACUUAAAAUGUUACUCUCUUUUGCAGCAUUUGUAAAUUAGAUAAAAUAGACAUGCCGUACGAUUUGUUUUGUGAAUGGAAAGUAUUUCAAGCGAAAGAACUUUCGAGCAAAAACACUGGAAUAAAGGAGAAUCAAUAUCCAGCUGCCGUUUUGGACUGAAUGAUGACACAUGGAAUCUUUGUUAUUAUCCGCAAGGUAUAGGAAAACGGAGAAGACACAAUCCUGUUUUAUGGUUAUGCAGGCAAAGAGUAGGGACAUUUCUCGACCUGGAAGGAACUUUGACUUUAAUAACUACAGGAGCAGAAGGCAGUGAUUCUGAAACGAUUGCAAUCAAUACGUCUAUAUGCGAAUUAAGUGCUUUCGUUAAACUUCCGUUGCAUAUCGCUCGAAAAUGGUUGAGCCUCAACAAUGGGCAUUUUACUAUAAAGCUCAGUGUUUCGGUAAGUGAUGUCUAUACCAGUGAAUCAUCUAUAUAUCCUCAUGUAACCUCUGAUGAAGCAGAGCAAGAAACGUGGGUAAGGGUCCCUAGAGAAACGAAAUUGGAUAAUUCUGACUGGAAACCUCGAAAUCAUUCAGAAUCCAAAAUUCUGACAGUUUCAGACAAGCUUGUCUCAACAACUGAGGUGAAGGCUUUGUCUAAUCUAUCACGGGAUAUGCAGACUAUGUAUGAAAAAAAAGAUCUGUCAGACUUCAUUCUCAAGUGUGACACCACUGAAUUUCAAGUUCAUAAAUGCGUUCUUUCUGCCAGAUCUCCGAUCUUUGCAAGCAUGUUCCAACACCCAGUGACAGAAAAUAGAGAGAACAGAGUGACCAUCACCGACAUUGAUGCUUGUGUGUUGCAGCAGCUUCUAAUGUUCGUGUACACUGGAAGGACAAACGCACUUUCAUAUUCUAUGGCCAGGGACUUGUAUUCUGCCGCUGACAAGUACGCCAUCUUAGAACUUAAAGAAAUGUGCAGACAGUUUAUGACUUCCUCCCUUACGACUUCCACAGCCGUUGAGAUUUUAAUUUUAGCAGAUAUGCAUAACGAUGCUUUGCUGAAAAGUACUGCCGUUAACUUCAUUUCCACUAAUUUUGAAGAUUUUGAUACUACUAAAGCAUGGUUAUCGCUUUUACAGGAACAUCCUUCAUUGGGAAUUGAAGUUUUAUCUUUAACUGUCACACACCUUAAAUCAGCAAAACAAAGCAGACAGCAGGGAUUUUUUUUGUGCUAAUAUUCUGAAUUUAAUACGGUUAUUAAUUAUUCACUGAUUUGUCCCUAACGACAGCUAUUAAUUUUUAUAAGUAAGUGUAUUUAAUAUUUAUUAGAAUAUUUCAUGGAGAAAUUUAGCACAUAUUUAUAACUAUUAUGUAUAUCGGAAUAUUAUGGAAAAAUGCUUUAGCAUUUUUUAAUGGUAAGUCUUAUAAAAUGUCUUAAAAUCAUAGAUAUGUUUAUAUUCGCUUCCGAAGAAAUGCUUAUAGUGUUCUUAAAAAUGGAAGUAAUAAAUAUAUAUUCUUUAAAAUAAGAAAGUAAUGAAAUAAGGUAUUGAAAUAAUUAAUUAUAAAUUUAACUUUUUUUCUGUACUAUGUACUGCAUUUCCAAUUUUGUUACUUUCAUAGUUAAUGUAAAUUAGAUGAAACAUUUCAUUUGACUAUGGUUUUGAAAUGAUUGAAAAUACAUAAAUGAAAUUCCUAUGAAGAA